CUCUGUGAUCUAUGCUAGCGAAGCACUUUAUAAAGGUGUCACUGUCAUUUAAUGUGUCUUGUCAAGAAAAUAUAAUUUCUUUUGGAUUCUGAAAUUAACCUAAGUUUUUCAGAAAGUGGCUCAAGAUGUUGAUGCCAAAACAGAAUCGUGUUGCUAUUUAUGAAUACCUUUUUAAAGAAGGUGUUAUGGUAGCUAAAAAAGAUUACCAUGCACCCAAACACCCAGAUUUGGAGAAGAUACCUAACCUCCAAGUUAUUAAAGCUAUGCAGUCCCUCAAAUCACGAGGUUAUGUGAAGGAACAAUUUGCGUGGAGACAUUUCUACUGGUACCUUACAAAUGAAGGUAUUGAAUACCUCCGUAUUUUCCUCCACUUACCUCCCGAAAUUGUACCCGCUACCCUGAAGCGGUCAGUGAGGACAGAAACAGUGCGACGUGGUGCAGUGGGCGGACGCUCAGAGGCGCCAGCGCGUUCUGCAGAGGAUCGCUCGGCCUACAGACGGGCACCCACUGCGUCUGCACCGGCUGGUCAUGAUAAGAAAGCAGAAGUCGGGCCUGGUAAUGCUGAUCUGGAAUUCCGAGGUGGUUUCGGAAGAGGCAGGCCAAACAAUUAAUUAAGUUUUAAUAAAAAAUAAAGUAAAUAACACUUUAA